AUUGUGCUAUUAGUGGUAGACGAAGCUCAUCGCUCCAAAGGUGCCUAUGCAUAUGCGGCGGUUGUGUCAUACAUGAGGAAGUUCAACACAAGUGUCCGGAUUCUGGGUUUGUCUGCUACUCCUGGUUCUGAUGUUGAGUCAAUUCAAGGAAUUGUGGAUAAUCUAGUGAUAUCGCGAAUUGAGGUGCGCACUGAAGAUAGUCCUGACACCGCUAAAUACAUGAAGGACCGUGACAUCCUGAAAAUCGACUGCGAAGUCACUGACAGCAUUGCAUUGAUUGUGGAAUUGAUCUGUGAGGCUAUUCUUCCCGUGCUUCGGAAAGCCAAUGGCAGCGGUAUUUACGAUAUCACAGAUCCCUCGAAAAUAAACCAUUUUCAAGCCAUGGAGAAAUCUCAAAAGGUAAUCAAAAAUCCUACGCUGGCAGAGGGAAUCAAAUGGACGUAUUACUUCCAGCUACAGCUCCUGGGAACUGUGGGUCAGCUGUUGCGGAGGCUCUAUGUCUAUGGAAUACAGACGUUCUACUCGUAUUUCCUCGACAAAUUUACCGAAUUCACAACCAAGUACGACAACAAGAAGUCGACCAACAAAAUAGCAGCCAGUUUCUACUACCAUGCUAGAAUCAAGGAGCUGAAAAAUAGGGUCGAGAAGAUGAUUGUCGAGGAUGAGACGAAAUCAGCAAAGGGCGAGCGCAUCAGAGGAGUUUUCUCGCACUCGAAAAUGCAGCAUAUGGUUGACGAGCUCGAAUCCUUUUUUGAUGAGACACAAAACCUCAAUUCCAAAGUCAUCAUUUUUACAGAGCUCCGUGAAAGCGCAUUGGAUAUUGUGAAAUGUCUAGAGUCUGCGAACAGCUUCAUCCAUGCCCGAAAUCCCAGCAGACCUAGAGAAUUAUUCAAACCGCACAUUUUCAUUGGACAAGCUAAGGAGAAAGAGAAAUUUGACUCGGAAUCGUUUGCCAAGAAGCAUGGACCCAAAGGGCGCGGCAAGAACAAACAAGCAGAAUCCAAGAAAGAAACCAAGCCUAAGAUUGAGCUGAAACUCCGUCCCAAUGACCGCGUUAGAAGCUCUGAGGACGCACAGCUCCGCGGAAUGACGCAGAGAGUUCAGAAAGAGCUGAUUGCAGAGUUUAAGAAGGGAGUCUUCAACGUGCUGGUUGCAACCUCCAUAGGUGAGGAGGGACUGGAUAUUGGAGAAGUUGAUUUGAUUGUGUGUUAUGACUCGACUUCUUCGCCGAUUAAGAACAUCCAGAGAAUGGGAAGAACCGGUAGAAAACGAGACGGUCGCAUCAUUCUGCUUCUGUCAAAUAAUGAGCGCGAUAAGUUUGACAAAGCCAUGGAUAAUUACAGCUGGAUACAGACUCACUUACAAGCAGGCAACAAUAUUCGCUUCCAUCCAUCAGACCGUAUCGUUCCAAAGGGAUGUAAUCCUAGACCAGAGAAAAAACUGAUCGACAUUCCGAAAGAGAACGAGGAAAUCAUACAGGAAACAGAUGAUAGUGAUGCAUUUUUGCGUCUUGCAACACAGCUCACCACCAAAGGGAAGACCAAAAAGGGCAAGAAGUCUGCUGAACAACGCGACGCGGCACAACCCUCAAUAAAGUCCUUCUUCAUUCCAGACGGAGUGGAGACUGGUUUUCGAUCUGCUUCCAAGUUGGUCCGCCAGAGGCAGGAAGAAGAGGUACCAAAUGGUAAAAAAAGGCGGUUGUUGGAUGACAUCUCCGAUUUGGAGGCAUCUGAUGACGAAGAAGUGAAAUUGAGAGAGCUGUUCAGCUCCUCUAGCCGGGCGAAUAGAAGCUCCAGCAUUUUGGGGUCCACUAUAGGACAGUCUAUUCUUCUUGCUAGCGAAGAGCCCGAAGAACCAAGAUCUGAGGCUGAAAAAGUGACCAAGGAACAUGAUCGCGCAUUGUCUAAGAGUAACACCAUAAAGGACUCGAUUCUUAUUGAUUUGGACGAUUUUUCAGAGGACGAUCUAAGUGCCCUGAAGAGCGACUCGAAAAAACCACGCACGUUUUCCUCCGAUGACUGUGAGCGUUUGGACGACAGCUUCACCGAAGAAUCAGAUCCUCCAAUGGUGAAGCAUGACGAACGAUUGGAGGCGCACGAGGUACAUGAUGAUUCCACACGAAACGAAGUUUUGAGUUUGAGGACUCAAAUGAAAAACGUGAACUCUUCUCCCCGCGAACUUACUCCAAUUUCUGUCCGAGGCAAACGAGACCAGUCUCCCAUUUCGCGGCUUACGCCGAUAAGUUUAUCCAAGGUUCGAAGCCAGACAGCGAAACCCGUUGUGGAUCCGGCUUUCAAGUCAGAUUUUGGUCCAGAAGACGGUUACAUGACUCCUGAGCAAGAACUCGAGUUCUACACGCGAUACUUUGUGAAAAUUCCUCCUCUGGACUUUAACAGGGUGGAAGAUCCCAUCGGCUGCAUCAAGAGGGGUGCUCUACGCGGAAACCUAGGGCAUUCAUCGUCUGCUUCGUCUUUGAUUGACGUUGUCACACUGAUGAGCAACAAAAGAAAGUUGGAGUACUUGGAUAAAGAAUUGCGCGACUACCACGAAAAAAACCAGUGGAUCAACUUUAACGACAGAGUUCUUCUGUCUCGGAUUAUAUAUUAUGACUGAUAUACGUUAAUAAAUUAG